GAACAUCUUAAUAAGCGUUAUAAAAGCAAACGUCUUGCAGAUAAUUACGUCAGAGUUCACAAAUACGAGGAGAUUAUCAGCUACAUCAAACAUAUUGUUUGGAGAUUUGCUAAACAUGAACCGGAAAAUUUUAAAUUGUUGGAUGUUCGAUACAAUAUUAUGAAAAAUUUAAUUCUUAGUGAUUGCGAUCAAUUGAUAAAUUUUAUAUUAUUUGGGGAUGAUGAUAAUGAAGAUAGAAACGGCAAAGUUUGCAAAGUUUGCAAAGAAAAAAAGGAAAAUGAAAAAGAAGAAAAUGAAAAUGAAGGAAAAGAAAAAGAGAAAAUACAAAGACAAGUUGCAAUCCGACAUAUACCAAGAAAUAAAUUAUGGUUAGGAAAAAAGUUUUUAACGAAAGGUGACCUUGACUUUGAAGGAAAAGAUUGGAUAAAAGAAAAUGAGAGUCUUGAACCGAAAAAUAAUAUGGAAUUAGCAAUUUAUCAUUGCAAAGAUCGUGAACUUAAGGAUACGUUAAUUAUUGCUUAUCUUUUGGAAUAUUAUUCUAAUCAUGCAACGGAUAGUGCUGGUUGGAUGUGUACCGUUUCUAAGGCAAUUCCUUUUUUAUUUAAAUACAAUUAUGACGAUUAUGCCAGAAAGUUAUUUUUUAAAGAAUGCUUUGCAAAUCAGGAUCACUUCUCAGCUCAAGAUCCUAAAGAAAUUAUUCCAACAGAAUACCGAGAAAGACGUAAUCAUAACAUCAAAUUUAGAGCAUUCAGACCUAUAGCCAAACUGAAAUCUGAUAAAGAUGAAUUAUACUCUAGAAUUAUGAUCAAAUUUAAGUCUUUUAAAAAUUACAUAAUCAAAAUGUAUGAAAACUUUGAUAAUGAUCUUGGAAAAUCACCAUUGGCUUUACGAGUGUUUCCUCUUCCCAGUUUCACUAUAAGCGACAUUAAAAAAGAAGAUAAUUAUAAUUGGAAAAUAAUAAUCAAAAAUCUUUUUUGGUUUAUAUUUAUGCCACGACUUUACAAAAUCGGUCGAAAUGGCAGGAAUAAGCUAAGCCCUUUUUCUAGAAUGAUACUAUACGAAAAUAACGAUGAUAUUUAUGAUAAUCCAGCAACUGAAGCGGUUAUUGAUUUUCGUUUUAGUUGGGCAUAUUUGAAUCAUAGCAUUAUUAUAAAUGGAAAUUGUUUAUUUACAUUAAUUGUCGUAUUCUAUUAUUUGGCAAUUUAUCAAUUUACUACCGAAAUAAUACAACUUAUUUAUUGUGGAUUUAAAAAAUAUAUUGGUGAAAUAUUUAACAUUUUUGACGUGAUUUCUAUUAUACUUUCUGUAACAGUAAUGUCAAUAAUGCUUAAAAGUUUUCAAUUUUCUGAUGGGUUUGAAGUGUUAAAGAAAUUGAUGGUAGAUUAAUUGUGGGAAUACCAUUCUCAAUUUUUUUACUUUGGAUUGAAUUAAUUUUCUAUCUCCGCCAAAUACCAGGU